CCGACGCGCACGCACGCAAGCCUCUACUCUACUCCGCGCAGAAACGAGCGGCCGCGUGCAGCACUUCUUCGGCCCGCACGGGUUCGGCGCGAGCCCUCCCUCCUCUUCUCUGCAUCCAUUCCCAGACGGGACGCCGCCGGCAGCAGCAGCGGAGAACCCAGGCGUCGUGGUGUCGCGCCCGGGGCCCUCCCGCCCGCUUCCUUAGAGCUUCGACCCGUCGUCGUCGUCGUCACUGAGUCGUCGGCCCUGACGCCGCGGUGCCCUGACGAGACGUUAUAUUGCCAUUUGCAUGCCUGUCGCGCUUCAACGCCACCGGCCGGGUUCGCCUGUGCCCGAUGACAGUGCCGAGGAGGAGGCGACGACGCCGGAGAAGAAGGAACGUCGUCAUCAACUGACAGUCGCCGUGCCCGAUGCGAUGACGCUCCUCCCCUUCACCUGUCCGUUCCGUGCGGCGCAUCAGGGAGCAAGUAGCCGCCGCUCGUUCCCUCGUGGCCCAUACUUCUGUUGCUGAUGGUGCGGAAGCAGAUUUUUGGCUUCGAGGCAGCUGACAGGGCACGCACUUGAGAGACAUACCGGCGGAUGAACGGAGGCGUACUUCGAAAAGAUUAAGGAUACAACUUCUUCGUGCGUGUUUGUGCGCAUGUGAUCUAUAGCUACUUGUGCGGUUUCGUCCGCGACACCGAAAUUGGUGCGGCGACAGUUGCCGCGAGUGGAACAAUAACAAUCUGUCAUCGCCCACUUUUUCGUACUCUCGCGGCGCGAAGAAAACGGGACCAGUUUUUCAUCCAAGCUCCCCGGCUGGCGCGUCACUGUUUCCCCACCACUGCAGCCUGUAGGGAAAGGAAAAAAAGGGAUAAAAAGGAAGGAGUACGGGGAGACCAACGGCGACGACAAGCCGGAUCAACGAAAACAAGCCAAAAGAAACCGCAGAGCCUUGUGGGGGCGUCGGCGACCACCAUACAUCAAGCGAAUUUUCGACUGGCGCACGACUGGGUGGUGGUGUUGGCGGAUACUCGCGAGCAAGCAAAGGGGAGCAGCCUCGGAAGGGCCAGCGAACCGGAGCGCGCGCGGAAGUAAGCCAAGCAAGCUCGGAAGGAAGCGAAAGGGGAGCGAGGGAGGGGGGGGAGGCGAACCGGCGACCGCGCUCCCGGCGCCGGACAGCGCGUCGGCGGCGGCGCUGGUGGUGAAGCGAAGCCGCCUGCUCGGCGCGCGACGCCGCUUGUUGUCGGGCGGCGGGGAGUGGAGUGGAGGCCGACAGCGCGGCGCGGCACUUCGGCGUCGCGGCGUCGGGCGAGCGCCGGCGCUGGCGUGUGCGCCGGCUGACGGCGCUCACCACGACGACAACGCGCCGGCGGAAGGAGUCGCGGCCGCUGGCGCGAGCGCCGGCGGACAUGCUUGGCCUUGGCACCGCGGGCAGCGUCGUGCCAGCCGCGACAACGAUUGCCAGCUGGCCGCUCCUGAUGAUGCUACUCUGUCUUCUCUGCCAGUGGCCCGUCGCGAAAGCUGACAUCCGCUGCCACUGCAACCUGGCACCGUGCGUGUCUACGGGCUACAUGUGCAAGUCUGAGCUGGGACUCUGCUUCUCGGAGAACGUCAAGAUGACGUCGUCGGUCUUAAACGUCGCCGCGACGACGGCACCGCGUCAUGGCUGCGUCGAUCUCCUGGCCGACGUCGCAGACGAUGCCAACUACGGCUGCAAAGAACCCGACAGCGUGCCUUCGCCGAUCUUGGAGGCCCCUUUGUCCUCAGAAGGUCGGCAGUGCUGCAGUGACGACAUGUGCAACUUCCAGAGGGACUUCCAGGAGCCUGGUGCUUCCGAAUCGCGGACCAGAGGAGGCGUCGAGCAGGAGCCUCCCUCUAUGACGCGCCUGGUGUGGUUCCGGGCGGCGGUGAUCGCGGUGCCCAUCGCGGGCGGCUCGGUGCUAGUGCUGCUCGUGCUGCUGGCCGCCCGUCUGCUGCGCAAGGACAGCGAGCUUCCGUCCACGGCCUCCGCAAACUUCCACGAGGCGCUGCACAAGGGCCGGCACCGAGGUCUGCUGCACGCUUGUCUACUACGCCGAUGCUGCUGCUGCGUCAGCGGCGACGGGGCCGCCAACGCCACGGACAAGGGUGCUGUCGUGCUCGUCUAGCGUGCAAUUCCGUGCAGUGUUCGAGAAGAAUGUGCUCGCGGUCAGCAGGAGGGCUUCCAGCCAUCGUUACCACACCACCUUGGUCACUCGUGUUACCUUUUUUUUUUUUUUAUCGCGCCUCAUUUAUUUAUUCCUACGUUGUGCCUUGUAUACGCUGCUGAAGAGACGUUUCCGCCCCGUGGCGCCAAAGUGUGCUUGCUUUUAAAAAAAAAAAGAUGUUGCUUGUUAGCUCGUGCUGGAAUCAGGCAUUGAACUGCCACCGAAGCCGUCGUGUUAAGCAAGCAGCUGCUCACGCUUCCAAUUCGCACUUGUACGGUACGUAUACGACCGUCGCAAAAAACCUUAAGUCCUCUCCGCGUUGCAAAUCUAAGCCACGUGGAGGCCUUCUCCACGUUGUUGCAUACGUUGGGACAGCUUCUACAAAAAACUCUACUGAAAUGUUGAAUUUUCCAUGUAGGUUCAAAAAGCUAUUGCGGAAUUCCAACGUGUGGAAGAAAAGUUGCUAGAAUUGAAUUGAUGCCCCCUUCUGAAUACGGCACUGCCUCUGCGCAGUACCGAUCUUGUCUAAAUGAUUUUUUUAAAGCUUAGUCACGCGUGCUAGUUAGUCUUCAGCCUAGCGUGAACGUGCCCUUGUUUAACAUACUCUUCAAGGACUCGACGGCAGUUCAGCGAUGCCUCUUGGUGAACAGGCGGGAACCUAGUCAUUACGUUUGUGAGUUUUUUCGCUUCAUGUAUUGUUGUUGUGUCUUUUUUUUUUUCUUCUUUCUCAGUGUUUCAUCAUGUUUUUUCUCUUUUUACGCCGGGAGCUGGUCCCGUCACAAUGCAUUUUUGAGGUGUUGCAGGCUAUCUGUGACGUUCAGCCAGACACUACAGAAUUUUUAACGAAUCCUUCACACAAACGACGUUUUAUUGGUUCUGUAGCGCUGAUUUUGUAAUACCCUAGACUGAAUAUGUUCAGCUACACCGCAAAUCUUCACGUCGUACUACCCCGGCCACGAAAAAGAGGCGAUGCAUUUAAUAGCUUCGAGCGCGGUGCCUGUUUAGUUCACCAGAGUACGGUGCAUCGCGACUGUUAACUUUUUAUACGUCCUCCGUGUCUUGCAUUUGAACGCCCCGAACUGUAACGAACAACCGUUGCAGUCCCCGGGAGCCUGCGGUACCAAACAACACCAAUCGUGUGCUUCGGUUUGUCGCCUUACGCGAGGCUUACUUGCGAUACCGUACACUAAAAAAGAGAGUCAUUUGGCUGUUUCUUGCUGCAUAUGUGACUCUCACAUGUAUAACUCCCUUUAAAAAGACACGUUGACUCUCUUUAGGAGAGUCGUGGGACGCACGGACUCUUCAAAAGAGAGUUAGCGUGUCUCUUUAAGAGACUUAUACAUCCCAUGACUCUCCAAAAGGGAGGUAUACAUGUGAUAGGUCACAUAUGUAGCGAAAAAUGUAAGAGUCAACUGACUCUCUUUUUUUUUACUUCGAAUGCACAUCACUAGCUCGCUCACACUCGACGCUUUUACUGCUUCUCCGUUCGAAGGAUGACGCCAUAUUUUUGCUGGCAAACCGAUUGCCUGCCGUGCUUCCACAGAGUACCUAAAUCACAUGUACCGCAUUACAGGUACGCUUGCUAGCAUACUGCGUAAUGAAUAGAAAAAGUGCCAGAGUAGUUUUUUCAUGAAUAGCAAGCCACGCUGCCAGUUUGUUAGAGACGCAUGUAUACGGAUCGCCGUUUCAGCAUUGCCUUCGUGCCACUUUGCCCACAACCAUUUAGCGUUCUAUAGCAGUCUGUUUAUACGAGAGUGCUGCAUGCCUCUGAAGUUUCUUGUACACUAUAACCCGAGCAGUGAGGAGCGUAUUACCAUCGCCGCCACACUUGAAGCCUUGUCCUUUUCGGACUUCGGAACUGCGGUUCCAAUUGCCCUUGAAGUAUGUACGUCCGCUUCCAUGCAGUUUAGAGAGUGUAGUAUCAGCUGACAAGUAGAUGUAGUGUCAAAGGGGAUGUUCGGAAUGUGCCAAGCAGAAACUGUUAGCGGCUGCUGUAGCAUAGCUAACGCGGUAAAAGCUUUUAUUAUUAUUAUUUAAGGAGUUAUCGCUUGGCCAGAAGCAAGCCGGAGGUUCUGCUAGCCUAAGAGGAGCCUUUCAUUCGUCGUGUCGUUGUUCAGUGUGCGAAAGAAUUUAAAAAGACAUAUUUAGGAAUGUGUAUCAUUCACGAGAAAGCUAGUCAACAGGUGCCUUCAGAUCACGUGGAUUCCACAAGUUGGACAGAAUUAUUGCAUCGGUCUUCUUUUCUCGCGAUGGUAACCAUGACCCGACUCUGCAAGCAAUUGAACCACAACAAAUACGUUAAUCAAGUGUUUUUACUUUGUUCACGCAGGGUACAGUUCAGACAGGAGUGUGCACACGAGGCGCGUAGACCGCAGAAUUGGGAGUAGAUGAGUUACAAAGCCGUAUGUCGAACUGAUAUUACGCCUAAAGUUUCGCAAGAGUUCUAUGCGCAAAGAAGAACAUGGAUCGCCGACAGACAGAAAUGUGCUGCACGACGGCGACGUCGCGGGUCGAAUUUCCCUGUAUUUUCGCUCUCAGGUCCAGAUAACCUCAACCAACUACGUCAGUCAGGUCAAAAUGACCACAUAAGCUGUGCGCGAGGCGUGCGUAUGAAUCCGACAAGACCGGGAAGAGUCGAGAAUUUGACUGUUGCGCUCACUUAAAUUCGAGGCGGUUGAUGUCAGGUGCCAGACCAGCAGCACCGGCUAAGCUGGCUAAAGUAGACCCGCUUGCAACGUUUACGUGAAUUCUGGCAGAGAAUUCUGAUAAAUAACGGGACACGCGGAUAUUUCGCGCUUUGUUCGCAACGUAACAACGAGUUCGUGCAUAAGCGACGACGCCAGGUUGAGCGCAGUUAGGGCCAACUUACGUCUGGACCAUUUCGCGUUUGGGUCGUGCAAACGAAAGCGUCUGAAACAUUCCAGUUUAGUGGGUUUUUUUCUUUCACUGUCUUUUUUUUACGAUUCCUGUGAAACAAGCAAAUCUUGAGAGACCUGUGUGGCAGAACAGCACAGAGAACGGGACAAUGAAAACACAGGACCAGGCACGAUCAUUUUCCCAAUAACGAGCUGAUGUCAAACGAAGCAAAAAAAGAAACAAAAGGACCAUAUUCUAUUUGCGUUUGUGUAUCCAUUUCUGGAUUACCCAGUCGACAGGCCGAGUUACACUUCUAUUACGCCAGUCAAUCCGACUGCUCCGCGCCGUCCCAUCGACAACGAAUGAUGCCCACUAAAGGCUGCCUCGUGAAAGCUUCCCGUACGUAACUUACACGCACAAUGCACCAAAGAUCGCUUCAUAGCGCUUAGUGGGGCGACAAUCACGGCAGCGCCGCACAUUGCACAUUUUGCCUAUCAUAGCCUUAUACCAUAUAACGUCGCUUCUGGGUGGGCGGCUGCGCAUGGUUUAUGCAAGCACACUCGUAUUUUAUACACACACCAUGCCUCUCCUUGUCGCAUCGAAGCUGAGCACGUAGCGAGUAGAAGUAUAUAUGAAGUUUCGGUUGCCCUCCACACGAGUUCAUAUAAUACAUACGAUAUAUAUAACGCACGGGUGCGCGCGCGCUUUCAAGCUCAACCGUCUCUUACCUGAUUGCUUUUCUGCCUUAUAUGUAAAAGAGCAAUGGCUGAAGUAGUAGUCGUAGUCGAGAACGUAGGAGCCGAGUGCACUGCAAGCCCCGUGGUCACGUUGACGUCUGCAGAAUGGGGAGCCCCGUCCUUGCACGACAACCCACUCUCACGCACUGCUCUUGGCGACAACUAUGACAAAGCGGGGGCGAACCAUGCUGGUGCAGAUGGGCAGUUGUAUAGGUAUGAGCUGGACACUGCACGUGGCCGCAUAAGCGACUCGCUAAAAGAUGCCUUACCAACAAGGGCAUUUAGAGUUUAACAGGGGGCUAAGUUGGGUUUAUCUCAACUCGUAUCGUGCGAAGGAAUUGAAGCGCACUUCGAAAUUGGUUCGAUAAAGACAACCCCGUUUGCGCGAGUGCGAGUUCCUCCGGUGAUGAACUGUGUACAGCGGAGCGCGACUUGAACGUUAUCGCGCGAGCGUCGACUAAGAACUGCCACAGCGCCACGGCCCGCACUCCUCUGUCGAAGAGAGGGAGGUAUCAGGCAAGCUUCACUCACUCUCUCUGCUGUUCCUUAAGCUGCAAUCACUCCCCGUCUGAGGAAGGCACAUUUUCAUUUUCUCUUUUUUAUGACAACGCGAUCUAUCUUGUUCCACUUAGCGAGCCGUUCAAACGAAGCAGCGCCAAGCACCAGCUUUACUAGAUCUUUCCCAACAAUUUUGCGACCGUUCGCGGAGAUAAGAACCGACGAAGAAUACCGUAUUUAUUCAAAUCUAAGCAGAUGUUGUUUUUUUUUUUCGAAAAAACGAUGUGCGAAAGUGGGGGCUCGGCUUAGAUUUGAGUAUAGAUUCGAGUAAAAUAAUUAAGCCCUUUUUUUUCUGGCCUUGCGAAUUUCGGGGGUCGGCUUAGAAACGGGGCCGGCCUAGAUUAGAGUAAAUACGGUAUACUUGAUCGCAACGAAUCGAAAGCUCAAUAAAGAGAGAAAGAGUGUAGAGUUCGUCGUAGGGGCGAUUGUUGUAGCAUGGAAUAGCCAACGAGGGUGAGAAGAAUGCGUAAUCUUGAUUUUCACUGUUUCGAAGCGUGCCGCUAGGCCCCUGGGACGCUAGGCCGGUCGACGCUCGCGCGAUAACCUUCGUAUCGUGCUCGACUGUACUUGCUUCAGCCUCGAAGUCGCGUGUCACGCGCUGUCUAAGCGCAUUAACCGCUGCCGCAAACUUUCGUGCACGUGGCGCAUUGGCGUGUCACAUGAACGAAAACGACUAGCAAGGAGCGUUGCUGCCAACUUACAGCUGGGCAGUGAUACCGUGUGCCAAAAUGCAAACUGAUCGCGCUGCCAACGCUGAUGCAACGACUAUGUGUUUCGAUAUACUUUGGUAUGCUUCGAUAUACUUUGGUACGCCAAAUGCAUCGCACAUAUUAACGGUAUAAAAGUGUUGCAAUGGAAACCGCUUAGCGAGAAGUGUUUGCAGUCCGAAGCUCGCAUGAUUUGCUACUGAGCCUUCACCGCGUUAAUUACGUUCGCUUUGGUUACAACGCAUGUUUUCGUUAUGUAUUUCAGGUUAAGGGCCCUAGCGAACUGGAUACUUAUGAUUGGACAACGUUUAGAGUAUGGUGCAUUGCGAAAGUCUGGAAGGUGCUUGCGAUGUUUUUUGUUUUCACAUUUAUUGCUGCUUGUUCUUUUCGAAGACAGAGUCAUCUCAGAUGUCAUUUGGUUACUUGUCAUAUGUGGCUAUCAACCGCAGAAGCAAAAGGCUGCAGCUUUCCUUUGUAAGCGAGAUGGUGGCAGGGGCUUCUGCGUUAGCAGUCAAAACGAGGGCAGUUAGGCGAACAGAAAAGAUAA